GCCAUUACCUCGCCUCCUCGUUCAUUCUUUACACUUGCCACUUCAAGAAAUAAACCACCCAAAGAGCGGGGAUCAUAUCGGAGGAUUGGUAGAUGGGGCUGAGGGAGAUGGACUCGGCGCUGCCGCCGGGUUUCCGCUUCUACCCGAGCGACGAGGAGCUGGUGUGCUUCUACCUGCGCAACAAGGUGGCCAACCAGAGGGUCGCCUCGGGGACCUUGGUCGAGGUCGACCUCCAUGCCCGUGAGCCAUGGGAGCUUCCCGAUGUGGCUAAGCUUACCGCAGAGGAGUGGUACUUCUUCAGCUUCCGGGACAGGAAGUACGCCACGGGCUCGCGAACGAACCGUGCAACCAAGACGGGUUACUGGAAGGCGACUGGCAAGGACCGGGUGGUCCAUGAGCCGGCCACGCGCGAAUUGGUUGGCAUGAGGAAGACGCUGGUGUUCUACCGUGGCCGUGCUCCCAAUGGGCAGAAGACCGGCUGGGUCAUGCACGAGUUUCGCCUCGAAACACCUAACUCGCCACCAAAGGAGGACUGGGUACUAUGCAGGGUGUUCAACAAGAUGAAACUCUCGUCAGAAGGCGAAGAGGCAGGAAGCAGCGGGAUCCACAACGGCCACACCGCCACCGUCUCUGCUGAGCCCUCCUCGCCGCCGCCGGCGUUCCUCGGCUCGCUACCCGACCCGGCGGCGGCUCCGGCGGACAGAUUCUACCAGCAGCGCCAAGUAACCACGGGCAGCGGCAGCUCGUCUGGCGCCCUGCUGAUGAACCUGCAGGCGAUGCUGCAGCAAGGCAGCAGCUGCUUCCUGGAUUACUGCAGCCCGGUGGUGCACCAUGGCGUGGCGGUAGGGGCGCCCCACAACGCCGGCUGCGGGGACGAUGCCGCCGUGGCCAUGGCGCUGGGGCACGUGGGGUUCGAGGAGCACGGCCUGGGGGAGAUUGAGAUGGAGUACGCGCAGGCGCAGGGUGGCUGCGGGCUCUACUUCUAGCUGGCUGAGAGAGUAGUGGUGCUAUGAAUUAUUAAGUUUGUAUGUACAGUUUAGUAGUUGCAUUACAUGCAGUGGAGAAAUUGCAGUGUAGUUCAGAAGAUUUGCUAGUUUGGGUUAGAGCGAGAAGGGAGUAUCAAAUUGUGAUUGUGAAUUUGUGUCUACAUAGUUUCCAGAAAUACAAAUUAGUUAUCUUCUUGUACUUAAAAAAUGAAGUUGUAAGUGGAUGGCUGGCUUAUUCGGAAAAUAAAAGUGGACGGCUGACUCCAG